AUGGGGAACAAAAAUAUCCAUAGGAGUGUCUCUGAGUUCCUCCUCCUGGGACUCUCCAGGCAGCCCCAGCAGCAGCAGCUCCUCUUCCUGCUCUUCCUCAUCAUGUACCUGGCCACUGUCCUGGGGAACCUGCUCAUCAUCCUGGCCAUCAGCACAGACUCCCGCCUGCACACCCCCAUGUACUUCUUCCUCAGCAACCUGUCCUUUGUGGAUGUCUGCUUCUCCUCCACCACUGUCCCCAAGGUACUGGCUAACCACAUACUCAGUAGUCAGGCCAUUUCCUUCUCUGGAUGUCUAACCCAGCUGUAUUUUCUCUGUGUGUCUGUGAAUAUGGACAAUUUCCUGCUGGCUGUGAUGGCCUAUGACCGAUUUGUGGCCAUAUGCCACCCUUUGUACUACACAACAAAGAUGACCCACCAGUUCUGUGUCUUGAUGGUGUCUGGAUCAUGGGUCACUGCCAGCCUGAAUGCUCUGUUGCACACUUUGCUCAUGGCUCGACUCUCCUUCUGUGGGGACAACAUCAUCCCCCACUUCUUCUGUGAUGUGACUCCCCUCCUUAAACUCUCCUGCUCAGCCACAAAUCUCAAUGAGUUGAUGAUUCUUACAGAGGGAGCUGUGAUCAUGGUCACCCCAUUUGUCUGCAUCCUCAUCUCUUACAUCUACAUCACCGAUGCAGUCCUCAGAGUCUCAUCCCCCAGGGGAGGAUGGAAAGCCUUCUCCACCUGUGGCUCCCACCUGGCUGUGGUCUGCCUCUUCUAUGGCACCGUCAUCGCUGUGUAUUUCAACCCUGUAUCUUCCCAUUCAUCUGAGAAGGACACUGCAGCAACUGUGCUAUACACAGUGGUGACACCCAUGUUGAACCCUUUUAUAUACAGCCUGAGGAACAAUGACCUGAAAGGGGCUCUGAGAAAAGUGGUACAUAGGAAGAUAUGA